AUGGCCCAUCCUAUGUCUCUUCGGGACCGCCAAGUCGCUUCGAUUCAAAAACUUCUCAAUCUCAAUCACGACCCAAGUCCGACCGAAGAUGCGCCUCAUGAUUCCGCCGUUCAUGGUGGCCUCAUUUCUCACUCCACCCCGAUCUUAAACGAAGAUGGCGAUCCGAUCUGGAAGGUCCUGGUCUUUGAUGGCAUGGGCAGGGACGUCAUCAGUAGUGUCUUACGGGUUAACGACCUGCGAGCAUGGGGAAUCACUAUUCAUCUAAGCAUCAAUUCCCAGCGAUACCCCAUUCCCGAUGUUCCCGUCGUCUAUCUUGUGGAGCCAACUGUCGCCAAUAUUCAAGCCAUCACGCGCGAUCUUUCUCAUAGUCUCUACUCUCCCGCUUACGUCAACUUCCUUUCUUCCGUGCCGCGGCCACUUCUGGAGGACUUCGCUUCCCAAAUAGCUACUUCCGGUGCGUCGGAGCACAUCGCACAGGUCUUCGAUCAAUAUCUCAAUUUUAUUGUGGCUGAGCCCGAUCUGUUUAGCUUGGGACUCGGAAAUGAUGCAUACUACAAGAUAAACAGUGGCAAAACCAGUGAUGAGGACUUGGAUGCAAUCGUUGACAAGGUGGUUGGCGGCUUGUUCAGUGUCAGCGUCACAAUGGGUGCCAUUCCUAUCAUUCGAUGCCCCAAAGGGGGUGCUGCAGAAUUAAUUGCCACAAAACUGGACCGCAAACUCCGCGAUCACAUCCUAAACUCUAAGGACAACCUCUUCUCGGGAAAUCAAAGAUCUCUUCCGGGUGUACCUUCGACUCGCCCAGUUUUGAUUAUAAUGGACCGAAAUGUCGACUUAGUCCCGAUGCUUUCGCAUUCCUGGACGUACCAAUCCCUCGUACAGGAUGUACUUCAGAUGCGCUUAAACCGAAUCACCCUAGAUGCAGACGACCAAGAUUCUGGAAAGGCCGCGAAGAAGGCAUAUGACAUUAACAGCAACGACUUCUUCUGGCAGCGAAAUGCAGGCGCCCCUUUCCCUCAAGUUGCAGAGGACAUUGAUGCCGAAUUGACUCGCUAUAAAGAGGAUGCCACUGAGAUUACAAAGAAGACUGGGGCUUCAUCCAUUGAGGAUCUCCAGAAUGACACCAGCGCUUCCGCUCAGCACCUUAAGGCAGCCAUUACUCUGCUCCCGGAAUUGCGGGAACGCAAAGCUAUUCUUGAUAUGCACAUGAACAUUGCCACGGCUUUGUUGAAGGGCAUCAAGGACCGACAACUGGAUAACUUCUUCGAGCUGGAGGAGAACAUUACCAAGCAGUCGAAGACCCAGCUUCUGGAUCUAAUCAAUGACCCAGCUAAAGGGAGCAAUCCACAGGAUAAGAUGCGCAUUUUCAUCAUCUGGUUCCUGAGCACCGAGACUGAGCUGAACCGCGCGGAGAUGACCCAGUUUGAGGAGGCUCUUACCAAGGCCGGUGUGACAGAUGUCACCGCUCUCUCCUAUGUUCGCCAAGUCCGCGAAAUCACUCGUAUGACUAUGAUGACCACUGCUGCCCCCGAGCAGCAAUCCUCGGAUCUUUUCCGCGGCUUUUCAUCCCUCUCUAACCGUCUUACCGAUCGCAUCGCCUCAGGGGCUUUGGGUGCCAACUUUGAUUCACUGAUCUCGGGUGUCAAGAACUUCCUACCAGCGAACAAGGACUUGACGGUGACAAAGAUCACCGAGUCCAUCAUGGAUCCUUCUACUGCAUCGAGCUCGGCUAUCGCGAAGACGGAGAACUAUCUCUACUUUGAUCCGCGGAACGCCAACGCCCGCGGCGCCAUGCCCCCUGCCUCUGCGUCUCGCAAUGCACAGAUGCCCGGCGGCAUGGGCUCUGUCGGCCCUGGCACCGGUGCUAGUUUCGGCCAGCGUCGUCAGGCUUUCAACGAGGCCAUUGUCUUCACCGUUGGCGGCGGCAGCAUGGAUGAAUAUGGCAACUUGCAAGACUGGGUGCGCCGGACAAGCGGCCAGACAGGUGCAGAUGGCGCUUCUACUAACCGUGCUUCUGGUGCUGGAAGUCGCCGUCGCGUUGUCUAUGGCAGCACGGACUUAAUGAACGCGAGCGAGUUCCUGUCGGAUUCCUUGGCGCCUUUGGGCCGGGAGAGCUGA